GGCUCCCGAGCUGAUUCCCGAUCCCUGAUUUCUUGAUCCUUGGUCCCGCCAUGGGAGCCUGAGCGCCCCCUAUUCCCCCCUGGCCCCCUGCCCCCGGGGCCUUAAGGGGGAAGAGGCAGCGGUCUCGGACUGAGCCCGGGGUGACCAGACUCGAGCCCAUCUCAGCACCCCCAUCGCCCGCGCUGCCGGUCCGGGAGCGCAGAGUUCGGAGCGCCCCGGAGCGCUGCGGAUACAAAGGCGUCGGGCCGAGCCGGGCGCCAGCCGAGCCCCCCGGCGGUUCGCAGCGGCGGGAGCGUCGCUUGAUUUUCUCUGAGACAAGCCCACCCGUCCAGCAAGAUAGAGUCCCUCAGGGUGACAGUUGAUUUCCUGAAGGUGCCUCUUGGCCUGAAGAAGCCAGUGCUGAAGGAGGUGGCUGUGGGGCCCCCCAAGAGGCCCCAGCCUGCGGCCCUGGAGCGCUACAAGGCGCGGCGUUCAGACGCCAUGGACACCGAGUCCCAGUACUCGGGCUAUUCCUACAAGUCGGGCCACUCCCGCAGCUCCCGCAAACACAGGGACCGCCGGGACCGACACCGCUCUAAGAGUCGAGAUGGGAGCCGUGGGGACAAGUCGGUGACAAUCCAGGCUCCAGGGGAGCCCUUGCUGGACAAUGAGUCCACACGAGGGGAUGAGCGGGAUGACAACUGGGGGGAAACGACGACAGUAGUAACUGGCACCUCAGAGCACAGCAUCUCCCACGAUGACCUCACGCGCAUUGCCAAGGACAUGGAGGACAGCGUCCCGCUGGACUGCUCCCGUCACCUGGGCGUGGCGGCGGGGGCCACUCUGGCGCUGCUCUCUUUCCUUACGCCACUGGCCUUCCUGCUGCUGCCUCCUUUGCUGUGGCGGGAGGAGCUGGAGCCGUGCGGGACAGCCUGCGAGGGCCUCUUCAUCUCCGUGGCCUUCAAGCUGCUCAUCCUGCUGCUGGGUAGCUGGGCCCUGUUCUUCCGCCGGCCCAAGGCCUCGCUGCCCCGUGUCUUCGUGCUGCGCGCACUGCUCAUGGUGCUGGUCUUCCUGCUUGUGGUCUCCUACUGGCUGUUCUACGGCGUGCGCAUACUGGACGCCCGCGAGCGGAGCUACCAGGGCGUGGUGCAGUUUGCCGUGUCGCUGGUGGACGCCCUCCUCUUCGUGCACUAUCUGGCCGUGGUCCUGCUGGAGCUGCGCCAGCUCCAGCCUCAGUUCACACUCAAGGUCGUGCGCUCCACUGAUGGGGCCAGCCGCUUCUACAACGUCGGCCAUCUCAGCAUCCAGCGCGUGGCAGUAUGGAUCCUGGAGAAGUAUUACCAUGACUUCCCUGUCUACAACCCUGCCCUCCUCAACCUGCCCAAGUCCGUCCUGGCCAAGAAAGUGUCUGGCUUCAAGGUGUACUCCCUCGGAGAGGAAAACAGCACCAACAACUCCACGGGCCAGUCUCGGGCUGUGAUUGCAGCGGCGGCCCGGAGGCGGGACAACAGCCACAACGAGUACUACUACGAGGAGGCUGAGCACGAGCGGAGGGUGCGAAAGAGGAGGGCCAGGCUCGUGGUGGCAGUGGAGGAGGCCUUCACUCACAUUAAACGGCUGCAGGAAGAGGAGCAGAAGAAUCCCAGAGAGGUGAUGGACCCCCGGGAGGCUGCCCAGGCCAUCUUCGCAUCCAUGGCCCGUGCCAUGCAGAAGUAUCUUCGGACCACAAAGCAGCAGCCUUACCAUACCAUGGAGAGCAUCUUGCAGCACCUUGAAUUCUGUAUCACACACGACAUGACACCCAAGGCUUUCCUGGAGCGUUACCUGGCAGCUGGACCCACCAUUCAGUAUCACAAGGAACGCUGGCUGGCCAAACAGUGGACACUGGUGAGCGAGGAACCAGUGACCAAUGGGCUCAAGGAUGGCAUCGUUUUCCUCUUAAAACGCCAGGACUUCAGCCUGGUGGUCAGCACCAAGAAGGUCCCAUUCUUCAAACUCUCCGAGGAAUUUGUGGAUCCCAAGUCGCACAAGUUUGUCAUGAGGCUGCAGUCUGAGACCUCAGUGUGACUGUGCAACAGCAGGGGGAGUGGGAGACCCUGGGGGCUCCCAAGGGGGCAGGAGGGGCACAGUUCUCAGGCCCAGCCGUAUUCCUGCCACUCUUCUUCCUCCUGCUCUUGUUUUUUUUUUUUUUUUUUUACUUGAAUUAACUUACUCCCACCCUCACCCUGUCUCCUCCCUCUUACUGUUUUAUCCCAUGUGAACCUGGAGAGACUAUCCUGCUGUCAACAGUACCUGGGA